AUGUGUAACAAGAAAAUCGUUAAGAACGCAAUGAAGAUAUUUUAUGUGGAAAUAUCCUCAAAAGAGAUUUACGCUGAAGUAAAUCAGGAUGCAAAUAAAACAGAUUAUAAUAGGUUUUGUAAAGAGCUGAGAAGAGAUAGAAAUGAAUCAAAUGAAACAUUUGAACUUCGUAAUAAAAUUGCAAGAAAUGUAGAGUAUUUGUCUAAAAUGGAUAACACAGACAUAUGUAGAUAUCGUUGUACUCAUUACAAACAUUGGAUUUAUGAUGAAUUACACAAUGUCUUAAAAGAUGAAAAAGAGAGUUCUCAUAGAAAUAAAACUAUUAAUAAAUUUAUGCAGGCACAAUAA